GGUGGAAGCAGGAAAACCCUCAACCUCCAUAGAGAGAGAUGAGGGAAGAGGAGAUCCCUCUAUUAGCAGAGGGAAGCGAUUCUGUGAUCCAAAGGAUAUGGGUAGAAUCGAAACGGAUAUGGCAGAUCGCAGGUCCCGCUAUUUUCAGCCGUGUAGCCUUGUACGCCAUGACUCUAAUAAGUCAAGCAUUUGCAGGACACUUGGGGAAUCUCGACCUUGCUGCAAUCUCCAUUGCUUCCACUGUUAUCAUCUCCAUCAGUUUCGGAUUCUUGUUGGGUAUGGCAAGCGCGUUGGAGACUCUGUGUGGUCAAGCCUACGGCGCCAAACAGUACCACAUGUUGGGGAUUUAUCUGCAACGUUCUUGGAUUGUUCUGUUUCUCUUUGCGAUCCUGCUCUUGCCCAUAUUCGUCUUCGCCACUCCCAUCUUGAAGUUAACUGGGCAGACUAUAGAAGUUGCAGAGAAAUCAGGAAAGGUGGCUCUUUGGCUGAUUCCGCUUCAUUUUUCCUGUGUGUUUCAAUUCACAAUUCAGAGAUUUCUGCAGUGCCAGCUUAAGACCUCUGUAAUUGCGUGGGUCUCAGGGUUAGCUUUUGCCGUCCAUGUGUUUGUUAGUUGGUUCUUCGUCUAUAGGCUUAGGGUCGGCAUAGUUGGAAUUGCAAUUAUUCUUGAUUGCUCAUGGUGGUUAACGGUUCUGGGACUUUUUGUGUAUACGAUUUGUGGAGAAUGUCGUCUCACAUGGACCGGCUUCUCUUCCGAAGCGUUUGUUGGGCUUUGGCAAUUUCUCAAACUCUCCACUGCUUCUGGGAUCAUGUUAUGCUUGGAGAACGUUUAUUAUAGAAUGUUGAUCAUAGUGAGUGGGUUUCUGGAGAAAAAUGAUGUAGCACUAGAUGCCCUUUCUAUCUGCAUGACCAUCUUUGGGUGUGAGUCCAUGAUCCCUCUUGGGUUCUUAGCUGCAACAGGUGUACGAGUAGCAAACGACCUUGGAGCAGGAAACUCUAAAGGUGCCAAGUUUGCAUCAACAGUGUCGGUGGUGACUUCCCUGGUGGUGGCCCUCUUCUUUUUUAUCUUGAUCUUGGCUUUCCACAACAGGAUUGCACUGUUUUUUAGCUCCAAUCUUGCAGUAAUCAAAGCCGUCAAUGAACUCUCGAUGCUAUUAGCAGUCACCAUUCUCGUCAACUGCAUUCAACCAGUUCUCUCUGGGGUUGCCAUUGGAUCAGGAUGGCAGACUAGGGUGGCUUACAUAAACAUUGGAUGCUACUACUUCAUUGGGGUUCCUUUGGGAAUUCUGCUGGGUUGGGUCUUCAACUCUGGUAUUAUGGGAAUCUGGAUUGGGAUGAUUGGUGGUACUGUGGUUCAAACAUUGAUAUUGAUCAUCCUCACUAUGAGAUGCGAUUGGGAAGGCGAGGCCCAGAAAGCGACCAGUCAUAUGGAGAAAAAUGAAGUCUUUCAACAAUGAUAAAAUGAAGACAGAAAUUUCAUUAUCCAUUCAUGUAGAGGUUUUUG